CCCCGUGUUAAUCCCCUCCCCGCUUUAAACCCCUCCCCCAGCAGCUCCCCCGAGUUAAUUCCCUCCUCUCCUCGGCGUUAAACCCCUAGUCCCUUGGCAGCCGCACUUCCCAUCCUGCGGUGCUGGGAGCGGGCCGGCGCUCAGAGGCUGCGAGAUGCUGCGGGCGGGCUGCCGGGUUGCGGUGCGUGUCGGGCCCCGGGGCCAGGAGCCCGGGGCGGGCGGGCGGCGGUGGCGGCGCUGCUGCAGCUCCGGGCCGGACAGCCUGAAGCAGACGCCCCUCCAUGCAUUCCACCGGCAGCAGGGUGGCAGGAUGGUGAACUUCGCUGGCUGGAGCAUGCCUGUGCAGUACGCGCUGAGCCACCUGGAGUCCCACCUGCACACGCGCCAGCACUGCUCCCUCUUUGAUGUCUCCCACAUGUUGCAGACCAAGGUGUUUGGCCGGGACCGGGUGAAGUUCAUGGAGAGCCUGGUGGUUGGGGACAUCGCGGAGCUGAAGCCAGACCAGGGCACCCUGUCUCUCUUCACUAACGAGGAGGGAGGCAUUCUCGACGAACCCUCAAUCGUGACCAACACAUCGAGCCAGCAGCCCCCUCUUAUGUGGUGGUCCAACGCAGGGUGCAGGGAGAAGGACUGGGCCCUGAUUGCAGGGCCGAGCAGAGGAGCUGCGGGUACAGGCGGCGAUGUGCACCUGGAGAUCUCUGAGAACGUGCUGCUGGCUCUGCAAGGUCCUUCGGCAGUACAGGUGCUGCAGACAGGCGUGUCGGACGAUCUGGCCAAGCUGCCCUUCAUGAGUAGUGCGGUGAGGUUGUUUGGGGUGCCAGGCUGUAGGGUGACACGCUGCGGCUACACCGGAGAGGAUGGCGUGGAGGUACCAUGUUGCGGGGCGGCGGGGUGGGGGGGCAGAGGUCCCGAAGCAGGAGCAGCCCUAAUGGGGCAGGGAGGGGGCGAGGUGUCCAUGGGUGGCACAGUGCUGGCUCAGGCACUGCCUGGUGGGGUGCAGGAAGCUGGAAUUUACCAUGCCUGCCAUUACUUGCUUAGAUCUCGGUGCCGUGGGGCGCGCAGUGGAGUUGGUGGAGCUGCGCUCAGGGAUCCACAAGUUGCAGUGGCAGGGCUGGCGGCCAGGGACAGCCUGCUGGAGGCGGGACUCUGUCUCUACGGCAACGACAUUGAUGAGACGACACCUGUGGAGGCAGCUCUGGUGUGGACACUGGGGAAGCGGCGCCGGGAGGCCAUGGAUUUCCCUGGUGCCCGGGUCAUUGUGCCCCAGAUCAAAGGAAGGUUAAGGCAAGCGCGUGGGGUUGAUUUCCCCGGGCCCCCAAUCCGGCCACACAUGCCCAUCCUGAGCCGGAGGGCAGGCCCAUUGGUAGGCGAAGUGACCAGCGGCUGCCCCUCUCCCUGCCUGAAGAAGAACGUGGCCAUGGGCUAUGUGGCGGCGUAGCAGAGCCGGGUGGGCACGGUGCUGGCAGUGGAGGUGCGGAAGAAGAGCUGCCCUGCUCUGGUCACCAGGAUGCCCUUUGUGCCCACCCGCUACUACACGCUCAAGUGAGAUGUCGCUGGGAGCCAUGCCCCACCCCCCCACCCCAACCAAUCAGCAUGCACCUGUCCUGCCCCACAUAGGCCACGUCCCCAAUCAAGACUCCCCAGGGGACAGCCUGGCCCCACAGUGCCACAUAUCCAGCAAAGGCUGGACCCCAACGGAGCCAAAGAGCCAAAGUCCAGCCAUGUGCUGCCCAGCCAAUGCCAAGGGCAUGUGCCUUCCAGCCCCUUCUGAGGCCAAUGCCAAACCAGGCCAGUCUGUUGGUUUUCUUAUGGGGGGCAGCCUCUGAGCUGUGCCCCCAGCAUCCAGACAUGCUCUGGCCUGCUGCAUGUAUGCCAAUACUGCCAGGCAAUGGGCUAGCAAAGUGAUGAGCCCCUCCGCUGCCCUAGCCCGCCUGGGCAUCCCCCCAUUUCUGUAAUUGGGCUGUGAUUGUCCAUUAAGACUCCCCCCCCAACUCCACUCCUGCUCUGCCACUUGUCUUUACUCACGCUAGGCUGGGGCUGUGCAAUGUCCAGAGGGCAUUGCCUGGAGAGCAGCCUCCAGCUGCCACCACUCAUGCCCAGCUUCAGAGUAUUCUGGGUCCCCUGCUGGCCUGGAGCCCAAUAACCCCCAGUGGGGCCUGCCAGGGCAGUGGCAGAGCUGGGGAGAACAGCUCAGCCCACUGGAGACCUAGUCCUUGCACUGGGUUGGCACAUACCACCUGGCCUUGCAGGUGGCAGGGCCAGCACACUUCCCCCCAGGCCCCAUGAGAAAGGUGGAGAGAGGACUGGGCACACUGGGACUGUGGGUGAACCAGGGUGCCUAGGGCCAGCCCUGUGCCAGCAGUUGUGGGGGCAUGCUCCUCCCCCUGGCAUGGUGGGGCAUGCAUCUGCUUGGGGGAAGGGAUAGCUCAGUGGUUUGAGCACUGGCCUGCUAAAACCCAGCGUUUAGGGAUCUGGGGCAAAAAA